CCAGGAAGUACACUUCGACAGUCGCUGCUUUUCAUUCUGUUUCGCUUCUCGAAAGAAAUCUCAAGAUGACGUUGAGUUUCUCUGUGCUUGGAGGCCUCUAUGGUCUUGGCGACCUCUUCAAGGUCGCGUCGCUCUUCGCAGCUGCCAGUGUUCUCAUCUAUUCGGUCGGAUGGCUGAUCUAUGCGCGGACACUACACCCAUAUGCCGACAUACCAGGUCCAUUUUGGGCCUCGGUCUCGCGCCUCUGGAUAGCCUACAUGGUCGAAAGCGGAGAUGUCGACAAGGUCUUGGUCGCAGUGCACAAAAAAUACGGCCGCAUGGUCCGCAUUGCCCCGGAUGAGGUGUCCAUUGGUGAUCCUGAGGCUAUCAAAAUCAUCUACUCGGUCUCGAGUGGCUUCACGAAGACCGACUUCUACGAUCCCUUUGCGACGCACAUGUCGCCACAUCCGGAUCUCUUCUCGGCUCGAGAUGAGAAAGAGCAUGCUGAAAGACGCCGGCUUGUCAACAAUGCAUACUCCAUGUCAAGCAUACUCGAAUCAGAGACAUACAUUGACGAGUGUUCUCAAUUGUUCAUCCAACGAAUGGGGGAGUAUGCCGAUAGUGGCCAGAAUUUUGACUUCGGAAUGUGGCUACAGAUGUACGCCUUUGAUGUGGUCGGAACUCUCUUCUUUGGCAAAAUGUUCGGCUUCAUGGAAACCCGCUCGGACUACGGCGCUUAUAUCACUUCCUUGGAUUCCUACUUGCCUGUUCUUGCGACCAAUUUUGUUCUGCCAGAUUAUCUACGCUCCGUGCGACCCUUCCUGGCAAAUCUCGGGCUCAAGCGUAUCAGGGAUGCGAUUCUGUCUAUCGUCGCCAUUCGACAAGCAGCAAGCGAUGUCGUGACAACGCGAACAAAGGAACUGCAAGAAGGGAAGGUUGGUCGUACUGACAUCCUGCAAAAGCUUUUCAACGUUCAGCAGGGCAAAGGAGCCGAUGGCCACUUUUUGCUUGCCGACAUUGAGCAAGAGUCCUACGUCGCCAUUUUCGCUGGAUCAGAUACCACUGCCAUCGCCAUGCGAUCGAUUCUGUACUUUCUGAUGAAGAACCCCAAGUACUACAAGAAGUUGCAGGACGAGAUUGAUGAGGCGACUGCAAGAGGUGAACUCAGCACUCCAACUGUCCGAUUCUCUGAGGCUUCCAAACUGCCAUACCUGAUUGCUUGCUGCAAGGAGGGUAUGCGUAUGCAUCCAUCAGUGGGUUUCACCUUGCCUCGAACAGUCCCAGCAGGCGGAAAGGAAAUCAGCGGUCGAUAUUUCCCUGCCGGCAGCAAAGUUGGCAUUUACUCGGGAGUUAUUCACCUCGACAAGAGCAUCUUCGGAGACGACGCCGAUGUGUUCAACCCAGAUCGCUGGAUCGAAGGGGACGCUGCAAAUAUGGACCGCUAUAUGUUCCAGGUGAGAGCAUCCUGCUGCUUGUUCAUUGCUGUCUGCUAACAAAAAGUAGUUUGGUGGCGGAUCGCGGAGUUGUGUCGGGAGACACGUAAGUCCUGCCCUCCUAGAACUUUGGUGCGCUACGGGCUAACCUCUGUGCCAGAUUUCCAUCGCUGAGAUAUACAAGAUGUUCCCACAGCUACUGCGUGACUAUCGUCUGGAACUUGCCAACCCCGACAGGGAAUGGGGGACUAGGUCUACCUGGUUCAACAGGCAGAUUGGUCUCGAUUGUAAGCUCGUUCGACGCUGAGACAGUAUGAGGUUGCGGAUGCAGUGAAGCUGAGGGUGGUCAACGGUCUGAAAUGAAGUCCUAACUUAAAGGACCAUUGUGUGCGAGACGAGGUGUUCGCUACGCGCGCAUAGUGUUCUCGGCGCAGUUGAUACUGCGAGUCGUAAUGACUCCGGUACUCUAGCAACGAGAACCUCUCCAAGGAGUAAACAUACUUGUUAUGCAAAAUCAAUCAAAGAUAAUAGCAAUAGAGACA